CGCGACUGCUGUCAGUUUCCUAACCUCUUCACCGACGAAUGUUCCGGUGUUUCGUGUUGUGUUCAAUUAAUAGUGAUUUAUAACCACAUAACAUGAUGUCGCGGUCAGUGCGUGCAGAGACUCGUAGUCGUGCCAAGGAUGAUAUUAAGCGUGUAAUGCAAGUUGUUGACAAAGUUCGCCAUUGGGAGAAAAAAUGGGUCACAAUAGGAGAAACAACUAUGAAGAUCUAUAAGUGGGUGCCCAUUUCAACACUUGAUCAGAAGAAGGGAAAGACAGUUGCAGACAAAGAAAAUGGUUUACCAAGAAAGAGUGGAUUAGAUUCUUCAAAUUCUAACUUUGGACUUACAGAAGACUCUAACACAUGUUUCUCAACAGUUAGUGAUUCUCAAGGUUUAACAGAUUUCUCUGCACAUUUGGGAUUUUCAGAAGAUUCAAAUUCACAAAAUAGCGAACCAACAUCUAAAAGGUUAAAGACUGAUUAAAAUUUAUUCUGUAACUGUUAUUUGGAAACUGAGGUAUUUAGGAAAUCAUUUACAUCUUUUACAAAUUUGCACCUGAUAAAAUUAUCUUUAAUCAUAAUCAUCACUGGAUACAUUAAAAGAACUUUAUUUCAUUUUUUAUUCUAUUUCAUGUUCAGUUAUAACUCUUAUAUAUGGAAAAAAAAUGAAUACUUUUACGAUAUUGUUUAUUUUUUUAUACGUGCAUUUGUUACAAAUUUUCAUCUUUCAGUUUAGAAUCUAAAAUUAAUAAUAGUUCAUUAAAACAUUUAUGUUGAAUGUUUAGUCUGUUUGGGAGAAAGUAAAGGAAAUGUAAGAUCUCAGUACUCAAAACGGAUUCUCCAUUCUUAAUAAUCUUUGUGUCAUCGCAGUAUUAGUUCAUUUUUGAGAUACAUGUAACAUUUUUGUUUACCAAAUAGGUACAUCUUAAAAAAUGAUUACAAAACAUUGAGGAAUUGUAAUCAUAAAAGUGUACAAUAGAUAAUGGUACAUUUAUUUUUGCUGUAAAAUAGUAUCUCAAAAAACUUAUAUAUAUAUAUUGUUACAUUUAUCUGUAAUCUAUUUAUACUUCUAAACAUGAUCAUAUGUUCAAUAGUUUUUGGUAAUUGACAAUGGUUGUACAUAAUUGAGAUAUCGGUCUUUUGCAAUUUAAUAUACUAGGACAAAUUUGCAUUCCUUCAGAUUAUGUUAUAGCACCGUGUCAUGUACAAAAUAGGCUUUGACAUUUACAAAUAAAACGAUAUAAUUGUGAACGUUUCACUUUAUGUUUAUGCAAAUUUUCCAAAAUGAAUAAGAAGACUGUUCAUGAAGUCAUAA